UUUUCUCAAUACUUCCACUCCUGUCCAGUUAUUAACAUACCAGGCCGAACGUUUCCUGUGGAUCAGUUUUUUCUGGAAGAUGUGAUUGCAAUGACAAGAUAUGUUCUAGAGGACAGUAGUCCCUACAGGCGGAAGACGAAGCAAGAGAACAAACAGAAUGGAAGACACAAAAGAACUGCAUUUGAAGAAGUAGAGGAGGACCUGAGACGUGCUGGUGUUCUGGAAAGCACCGACACAGUUGUCAGAGAUUCAGAUCCAGACCAGAAAUUAACUCUGAAGCAGCUCCUCACACGAUAUAAAGGGGUCAGCAAGGCAGUGUUGAAAACAAUGUCUGUCAUGGACUUGGACAAAGUGAAUCUAGAAUUAAUUGAAGCCUUGCUGGAGUGGAUAGUUGGUGGCAGACAUUCAUACCCCCCAGGUGCUGUGUUGAUAUUUUUGCCUGGUCUGGCAGAAAUCAAGAUGCUUUACGAGCAGCUCCAGUCUAAUGCUGUUUUUAAUAACAGGCACAGCAAGAGGUGUGUUGUUUAUCCACUUCAUUCCUCACUGUCUAGUGAAGACCAGCAGUCUGUCUUCCUCAGACCUCCUACAGGAGUUACCAAAAUCAUCAUCUCUACCAACAUUGCAGAAACAUCUGUCACCAUCGAUGAUGUGGUCUAUGUGAUUGAUUCUGGAAAAAUGAAAGAGAAAAGGUACGACCCAAGCAAAGGAAUGGAGAGUCUGGAAGACACAUUUGUGUCCAAGGCCAACGCUCUGCAAAGGAAAGGUCGAGCAGGCCGCGUAGCCUCAGGCGUCUGCUUUCAUCUUUUCAGUAGCCAUCACUAUAACCAUCAGCUUAUAAAACAGCAGUUACCAGAAAUACAAAGAGUGCCCCUGGAGCAGCUUUGUCUAAGAAUUAAGAUUCUGGAGAUGUUUUCCGCACAGAGUCUUCACUCUGUCCUGUCACGACUCAUUGAGCCGCCUAGAACCGAGUCCUUGCGAGCGUCAAAGCUGCGACUACAAGACUUGGGAGCGUUGACUCCAGACGAAAAGCUCACGCCUCUGGGGUACCACCUGGCUUCUCUGCCUGUUGAUGUCAGGAUUGGCAAGCUGAUGCUGUUUGGCACCAUCUUCCGCUGCCUGGAUCCUGCACUGACGAUAGCAGCCAGCCUGGCCUUUAAGUCUCCUUUUGUGUCGCCAUGGGAUAAAAGGGAAGAAGCAAAUAAAAAGAAGUUGGAGUUUGCAGUAGGAAACAGUGACUACCUGGCUCUUCUCCAGGCCUACAAGGGAUGGCGUUUAAGUAUCCAAGAGGGCUGCCAGGCCAGCUACAACUACUGCAGGGAGAACUUCUUGUCAGGAAGGGUUCUCCAGGAAAUCGCCAGCCUGAAACGGCAGUUCACGGAACUGCUUUCUGACAUCGGGUUUGUGAAGGAGGGAUUAAGAGCCAAGGACAUGGAGAAGAAGUGGUCCCAAGGCGGCGAUGGCGUGUUGGAUGCCACAGGAGAAGAGGCAAAUUCCAACGCCGACAACAUCAAGCUGAUCUCGGCUAUGCUGUGUGCUGCACUGUACCCCAAUGUUGUCCAGGUGAAAAAGCCAGAGGGCAAAUACCAGAAGACCAGUGCAGGAGUGGUCAAAAUGCAACCAAAAGCAGAAGAGCUGAAGUUCGUUACCAAAAAUGAUGGUUACGUUCACAUUCACCCUUCAUCUGUGAAUUAUCAG